AUGGCGGUGCUUCAAGUGUUCAAGGCCAAACAUCUCCUCACCAUGGAUGAGUCCGGCCAGAGUUCUGAUGCCUUUAGAGAGCUGCGCACAGCGACUUACCUGGCUCUGUGCUCUACUAAGGCCACUGCGCAGGUGAUCGGCAAGGCCAUGGCCAUUUUGAGGGUGAUUUUCAACAUUGUGAACUUCAGCAAGACCAAGAGCCUGUACAGAGAUGGGAUGUCCCCCGUGGUGAAGUCGACCAGCCGGCCUAAAUGGCAAAGACUACCAGCCAAGAAUGUGUAUUACUACCGUUGCCCCGACCAUCGGAGGAACUACGUGAUGUCUUUCGCCUUCUGUUUUGACCGCGAGGAUGACGUUUAUCAGUUUGCGUACUGCUACCCCUACACCUACUCCCGUCUGCAGCAUUAUCUGGCCAGUCUGGAGCGCAGAAAUCUCGAUUACCUGCUGCGAGAGCAGCUGGGCCUCAGUGUGCAACAGCGAAGGCUGGAUCUUCUGACCAUCACCAACCCUGAAAGCAUUGAGGAAUUUGAGCACAGUAUUAUGCAAAAGAAGAUGAAAAUACCCAAGGUGUCGAACAGGAACACAGUGGAGAAUCAUUUUGGUGAGGAGAGAAUGCCCCUUAGAUAUAAAAAGGUCCAGUCACAGGAACAGCAUCGGGCAAGUUCCAACUCCUCAAAAAGCCUGGCUGCAGUGGUGGCACGGCUGGAGAGGAACGCUGUCAACUCAUGCACAGAGGGAGAGGAGCUGGACAGACUCACAACAGAGGAAGAGGAAGAGCAAGACGAGGCCGUGGUGCCUCGUGUCCUAUACGAGGAGCUGGUGCACAGCUACAAGCAGCAGGAAGAGGAAAUGAGACACCUGCAGCAGGAACUGGAGCGCACACGCAGGCAGCUGCUCCAACAGGCCAAGAAGCUCAAGGAGUAUGGCAGUCUGCUGACCGAAGUCAAGGAGCUGCGUGAUUUCAAUCGACGUCUGCAGGACGUCCUGCUCGUGAGGCUUGGCAGCGAGCCGAUGCACGACAAUGGCACACAGACAAUCAAAGCAGAGGUGGUGGAGCCGGUCAGUGAACCACAGGAGGUGUGUCAAGAGGAAGCCAACACUAGCUCCACCCACUCCCCAUCCCCGAGAACCGUCUACACCUUCAAUGAUGGAAAAGUGCACUUGGGUGGAGGGAUUUGGGUGGAGGAGGAGAAGUGGCACCAGCUACAGCGGACACAGGGAGACUCGAAAUUCACCAAAAACCUGGCGGUGAUGAUCUGGGGCACGGAAACCCUGAAGAACCGCAGCGUGACUGGCGUCGCUACGAAGAAGAAGAAAGAUGCCCUGCCCAAACCACCGCUCUCACCAAGCAAGCUCAAAAUUGUUAGAGAGUGUCUGUAUGAUCGUGUGUCUCAAGAAACAGCUGACAGCGCAGAGAUCACCCAGCGAUUAUCCAAAGUGAACAAAUACAUCUGCGAAAAGAUCAUGGAUAUCAAUAAAUCUAUCAAGAACGAGGAACGACGAGAGUCCAAGCUUCUCAUCCAGCAGACGGUGAAGAUGGAGAACUUCCCCUAUGACGGUCUGUAGGGGGCGAUGAAGUUGUCACUAUAGCUCAUUCUACUCCUCAAGGACUUCUGGUGAACAAGGUGCACAUAAUCACCGGCGCUGCCAAUUGAGAUUUCCGCUGAUGCCCUCCCAAGACCUCUCUGUCUUUUACUCUCGUAGACCCUGUUUUACAGCCUGUCUGACAGUUUUAGCUCUCUCCGCACUGCCUUAGCAUGCUGGUGUGCAUUCUGUGAGUGAAUGGGGCGGGUUUUUGUAAGCUUUAAUGGGGGAUCUCGGGGUGGGUCGGAUAUUAUGCCUGAUAGACAGGAGCGAUCCUUUAAAUCGUGUGAGAGAAAAAUGUGUUUGGCACAUCAGCUUGUGUUCUGUGUCAGAACAUGUCCUAAUGUACUAAAGAGGUUUCCCUUCUGAAAAAGUGUUCUCGUUUCAGGAGGAUGUUUGCGAGGUGUCAUAAAUGCUGGCUUAGUGUCGGAGUCUUAAGGGGGGGUAGGUCACUUCACAGGGACCAUCUGCUAAAGGUACUUAACAUAAAGAGUUGCACUUUUAAACAGGGUCACACUCUGCGUCAUCUUAAUGAACGAUUGAUUUAAUUAAUCAAUCUAGGCCUAAUUGCUCCCGUUAAUUGCUUUCCUGAGAUGACUACUGAUGGUCUGUUCUUGUUCUAGAUUGUUGUUAGGGGUGGAAAGGUCGCAUGUAGUCAGUGGUGCUAAACAGUUGUCCUGGAAGAUGAAUUAGCAGCGUUUCUUUGGAGGUAUCUCGAUGCUUCAAGAACUUCAAUUUAUAAAUUUCACCUCACUGUGAGUCAUUUGUUAUGGACUAUCAUUUCAUUUGGAGUCAUUUCCGUCGAGAGGCAGCCGUCGCCCGCCUUUCCGUUCCGAGGAAGUCAUUGUCCAUCUUUGACAGCGUAGCACUUUAAUCCUAAGGAGAAAAAAAAAAGGUAUAAAAAUCCAUCAAUGUUGGCUACUUUGUUGUGAUUUACCCAAGCCAAUUAAAAAAA